GUAAAAUUGUAUAAAAUGAUCCUUAGAUUUUUAAGGUAAAAAAUUAAAUAAAAAUUACGUACAUAACAUAUAAACAGUGAUUGUAAAAUGCAUACAGAAAAUUGCAUUGCAAAAGACAAUGGGCAGAAGAUGGAGCAGUGAAGAUAGAAUCUCUAACAAGAGAAACGAUGGAAGGAGCGCUAAAAGUAAUCCGAGAUUUUUUUUUCAAAACUGAACCUGUAUGCAAAGCAGUUGGUCUGUUGGAAGAACCUGGGGCUGCAGAAGAACUAAUGCAGACGUGUUAUGAUGCUGCAAAGGACGGCGUGACAUUAGUAGCCAAUGACACGAGCACCAAUCAAAUAAUAGGGGUCAUAUUCAACAGAAUACAGGUAACAACGUCAAAACAAGAAAAUUACUAUGAAAAGCUAAGACAGAAUUGUAAGUACAAAUCUGUAAGAGCAUUUGUCGACUUCAGUAUAGAUUUGGAAAUGAAAGCCAAUAUACACAAGCGGUACAACACUAACUGUUUCAUCGAAGUGAUGUAUCUUUCGACGUUGCCAGAUUUCAAGCACAAAAAUAUUGGCAGUCUACUUGGUCUGUGUACUUACCAAAUGGGGAAGAAAUUGUACAAAGGUGAAAAUGUGAAAACUAGACUGUCUGAUAAUGAAGACAUUACUAAUUUUGAAGCUGUGCCUAAUAUUUUAGUAGCUCUUACUACUUCUAAGUAUUCUCAAAGAAUGGGAGUUAAGUUUGGUUACGAAAAGGUUCUGGAAGUCCGGUAUGAUGAUUACUCUUACAAUGGACAAUCGUAUAGAGAGAAAAUUGGAGACGAACAUCAGACUUGUCAAGUUCUAGUUAAGAGACUGGACAGGUAAUUUUGGUUGAAAAUGUAUUUAUAUUGGCCUAAGAAAAGACAGAAA